CAUUGUAAGCUAGCGCGCUUGUUGACGUGGAAGAGAGCCUUAUGCAUAAUGGCUGAUACGAAAGUAGAUUUACCCGCCGAUGGCGCCUCUGGUGUACAAAAUACAAACGCGACUUCACAGCCCAACAACCCGCUAUCUAGAAAGCUAAAUAAAAUAUUGGAGACGAGGCUUGACAAUGACAAGGAGAUGCUGGAGGCCCUCACAGCUCUUUCUGUGUUCUUCACCGAGAACAGCUUACGCACCCGAAGGAACCUGCGUGGUGACAUCGAGCGACGAAGCCUGGCCAUUAAUGAGGACUUUGCACGAAUAUUUAAAGAAGUAAAAGAGGAGCUUGAGAAUGUCCAUGAGGAUGUUCAGGCCAUGAGUACGUGCUGUGCAGAAAUGACCAGCAGGUUAAAGGCUGCCAAGGAGCAGACUCAAGACUUGAUAGUGAAAACCAACAAGCUUCAAGGAGAAAAUCAUCGCCUGGAGGUGAGGGCUCAGGUGGCUCAGGCCUUUCUUGCCAAAUUCCAGCUGUCCAACGAGGAGAUGAGCACACUGCGGGGAUCCAGGGAUGCACCCAUCACUGAGGAUUUCUUCAGAGCUCUCAGCCGAGUGAAGCGCAUCCAUGAGGAUGUGAAGAUACUCCUGCGAACCAACCAGCAGACUGCAGGGCUGGAGAUCAUGGAGCAGAUGGCUGUCUUGCAGGAGGCGGCGUAUGAGCAACUGUACCGCUGGGCUCAGAACGAGUGCCGGGCUCUGACCCAGGAGACGUGCGAUAUCAGCCCUGUGUUGACUCAAGCCAUGGAGGCCCUGCAGGAUCGCCCCAUCCUUUACAAGUACACCUUGGAUGAGUUUGGGACUGCGCGCAGGAACGCAGUAGUGCGGGGCUUCAUUGACGCCCUGACACGCGGCGGGCCUGGCGGAACCCCGCGCCCUAUUGAGAUGCACUCACACGAUCCUUUGAGAUACGUGGGAGACAUGUUGGCCUGGCUGCACCAAGCCACUGCCUCUGAGAAAGAACAUCUGGAAGCUCUGCUCAAGCAAGUCUCCCUGCAGGGUGUGGAGGAGAACAUGCAGGAGGUAGUUGGACACGUCACAGAGGGAGUGUGUAGGCCUCUGAAAGUGCGGAUCGAGCAGGUGAUCGUGGCCGAGCCGGGGGCGGUGCUGCUGUAUAAGCUGUCCAACCUGCUGAGGUUCUACCACCAUACCAUCAGCUCCAUCGUGGGGACCAGCGUGGCUUCUUUGCUCAUGACCAUGGAGGAGAUGCACAUACUCAGCAAAAAGAUGUUCUUCAACAGCCUCAGCCUUCAUGCAAGCAGACUAAUGGACAAGGUGGAGCUCCCGCCUCCUGACCUGGGACCCACAGUUUCCCUCACCCAUACGCUGUCCCUCCUCAGGGAGAUACUGGCCUCUCAUGACUCCUCCGUGGUUCCCUUGGGUGCACGGCAGGCCGACUUUGCCCAGGUGCUCUCGUGCAUCCUGGACCCCCUCCUGCAGUUGUGCACCGUGUCGGCCAGUAAUCUGGGCACCGCCGACAUGGCUACCUACAUGGUGAACUCGCUGUACGUCAUGAAGACCACACUGGCUCUCUUUGAGUUCACUGACAAGAGGCUGGAGAUGCUUGAGUUUCAGAUUGAGGCUCACCUUGACACACUGAUCAACGAGCAGGCGUCCUACGUCCUGACCAGAGCCGGCCUCAGCUACAUCUACAACUGUGUCCAGCAGCACAGCGCCGAGCAGGGACCUCUGUCCCUCCUGCCCAGCAUGGACGUCUCCUCAGUGAAAGCAGCCAUGGUCCAGUUUGAUCGCUACUUGUCGUCGCCUGACAGCCUGGUGAUGCCGCAACUCAACUUCCUGCUCAGCGCUGCCAUCAAGGAUCAGAUAUUCUACCAGUCCACUGAGCUAGUGUGUCGGGCAUACGGGGAGGUCCACUCGGCACUGAGCAGCCCAGCUAAUGCCUACAAAGACCCCGAGCACCUGGUACCCAGGUCCCCCCAGCAGGUUCGAGCCUUGCUCUCGUGAGAGAGAGAGAGACUUCUGGCAGCGCGGGACGUCGUGCAGGUUAUUUAAAGACUGUUGUCAUGUGUAAUAACACAGACGUGGACAAAUGUGGCCACUUAGGUGGGGUUUCUGUGGGGACGUGAGUCAUGUCCGACAGAGACGUGUCUGUCUGUGGCAGCUCGGGAAUAUUGUUAUUGCGUUAAUACACCGCAAAGACCUUUUCUAUCAUUGACAUAAAACAGAUGUUUGUGCUGAAUGAAAAAAAAUACUUUUUUUUGGUCAUUCUUCCAUGUGUAAAAGUGGUCAGGAAGAUGAUGUUUCGGGGAUGAAAUACUGUGGAACAUCUCAGGGCUGACAAAACACUGUCAGACAACACUACGCUCUAAACAGUGCAAAAUGUACAUUUUUGACAUUUUUUGACUGGUUUUAACAUUUUGACAGGAGUGUACUUGCUAGACAUUGAUCCCUCCUGCCACACCAGGUGCGUAUGAGGUGUUAAGUUACAAUGCCAUUUACUGCACGCAGUUGAAACGUAGAGCUACAUUGACAGUCCCAUCAAGAUGUGUUAAUAAGCCAGGGCCAACAUGUAGCGCCACAUGUCCUGUCUAUAUGGCAGGCUGCAUUGUAUGACUGUAUGGGCAAACACUGUUGUUACCUUAAGGCCCUGUCACACCUUGACGAUUUAGCCAGCGUACGCCAACGUAUGAAAAAUUUGGCCAAUACGCUGGUGUACGUCGAAUAAGUUAUGGGUAAGUUAAGAGCACGCUGAAGCACGCGUACGUGCAUACGUCGUAGUACGUCCAAGUUGUCCAAAAAUUUUGUGCAUGCACAAAACUUUUCGACGUAUGUCAACGUAUGAUUCAUAUAUCCCACAUACGCGGGCAAUAGGUUAUGCGAUCGUUGACGCCCGUUCACACACGUUAUUUGUAAGUUACGCACAAGUCGUAAUACGUCAACAUACCUUGGGACAAAACUGUGUCUUCUUGGCUCUCUUCUUGGCAAGGGUUGGCUGAGUGGAGAUGGAGGCAACUGGGGAAGCAGCUUCCGAUACCAUUGAUGAUGCCUGAGAGGCGUUACAACCCGCGUCAUCGCCAUCAGAGUGAGAGUGGGAGGGGGAGGCUGUGGGUGGUGAUGGAUCCCUCCGUCACUGCCCUGAUACUUCUUGGCAGCGGUCUUCUAAAUUUUCUCCGACAUGAUGGUGAUGUUGACACUGCGAUGUCUAGUGAGGUUAUGAUUUGAGUCAUCAAGCGGCAGCCUUUUUAUAGGCUACGGCACGUCAUCAUCGGCCAUACGCUGCCACACGGUUUGCAUAAGUUAGACUGGUGUUGGGCAUAAGUUGUGAACGCCGGCAACACGCUACGUAUUCAAUGGUAUAAGUUGUCUAUAAGUUAUAGAAACGUUCUAUAUAAGUUACUAAUACGUCAUGUAUACGUCGAAGUCGUUAUGAAUACGCUAUGUAUACGCCCAAAAUUGAAAAACACUUCGACAGUUCAACGUAUGCCAUCAAAAUGAUCACGUCGGGCAUGCGCUGGCAAAACCGUCAAGGUGUGACAGGGCCUUUACCAAGGUAAGUCCAAGUGAGUUUUGUCUCUGUAAUGCUCACCGUUUGUACAUUCAAAACCGCCUUUCAUUUAUGAAAACAUUACAUUUAGAAAGUUGGCCAAAAUGCAGAUCAGACUAAACUGCCGUCAGAUGAUUACUAAAUGACAUUCUACAUCAUCGGCCACAUUAUUAGAUAUACCAAUGUUGAAUAAAAUCCAGGACAAGAGCUUUAUCAAAACCUCUUCCUUUGCAAACUGCAUUAAUAUCCUUGUAAAGCCAGCCUUAUUUGGAUGCCACUCUUGUAUGGGAUUUCAUGACGUGGUGUAUAUGUGUCUAUCAUCUAGUCCAACUAUCAUAAUGUUUGUGUGGCAAUUUACAGCUGUCAGAAGUUGGUGCUUCGGCGUAACGGUGGCGACACAACUGCGUCACACAAACAUGGUGCACACGCAUGCAGUGCAGAGUGCAAGGGGCCAUGAAACAGGAGAAAAGAAGUGAAUAUGAAUCCAGUGUGUGGUUAAGACAUCAGGCCUCAUGGCAGCGGGACCUGCCAAGGGUCACUCUAGUUCGCCGGAUGUUGCUCUGAUAUCAUUGGCCGGUACAUGGGGUUCUGGGAAUACAUGGGAUGCCUAAGCAUCUGGAUGGCGCUCAGGACACCUUUAAAUAGAUGCUCUCUCUCUCUCUGUUUUCCAGUCCCGCUCCAUUCGACACCGGAAUAUCUGGUGUUUCUGCCCCCCAUGGCCGAGAGCGGGAGGACAUUUUAGCAGCAGGCUUGUUGUGUAAGAUAGGGCCUUGAGCGUAUGUGAGUUCGCACGGCAGCGGUACACAUGACAGGUCCUUCCUCCUAAUGAGAUGCGACAGGUGAUGGAGUCACCACUUAGAGGUGCAAACAUCCAUCAUGCGCUCCAUAUCACUCCACCUUUGCCCGUUCAAGCACAACACUGCCAGGAAUCUGGGUUAAAAGACAGUAUGGAGCCUUUUAUUAUUCAAAUGUCAUCUGGAUGCACUAAAACUCACUUUUUGAAAAUAUUGGCUAAAUAGACAAAAGUAUGCUUUUUUUUAGUCGUAUGCUUGUCAGUGUGUUAGAGUUCAAUUAACAUUUGAUACAUAGUGUUGUGGAAAAAACAUUCCUGAUUUCUAAUUUUUUUGCAUGUUUGUCACACUUAAAUGUUUCAGGUCAUCGAACAAAUAUAAAUAUUAGUCAAUGACAACACAACUAAACACAAAAUGUGUUUUUUUUUAAAGGAAACUUUUUAUUAUUAAGGGGGGAAAAAAAAUCCAAAGCUACAUGGUCCUGUGUGAAAAAGUGAUUGCCCCUAAGCCUGAAAACUGGUUGGGCCAACCUUAGCAGCAACAACUGCAAUCAAGCGUUUGUGAUAACUUGUAAUGAGUCUCUUACAGCGCUGUGGAGGAAUUUUGGUCCAUUCAGCCGUUCAGAGGUGGACUUUCUGGUGUGUACUGGAUCACUGUCCUGCUGCAGAACCCAAGUUGGUUUCAGCUUGAGGUCACCAACAAAUGGCCGGACAUUCUCCUUCAGGGAUUUUUCAGAAACAGCAGAAUUCAUGGUUCCAUGUAUCAAAGCAACUCUUCCAGGUCCUGCAGCAGACCAUCACACUACCACCACCAUAUUUUACUAUUGGUAUGAUGUUCUUUUUCUGAAAUGUGGCAUUACUUUUUACGCAAGAUGUACACCUUCCUAAAAGUUUAACUUUUGUCUCGUCUGACCGCAGAGUAUUUUCCCAAAGGUCAAGAUCUUUUCUGGCCAAAUUGAAAUGAGCCUUAAUGUUCUUUUUAUUCAGCAGUGUUUUGUUUUGUUUUUUUGGCCGGCCACUCCUGGGAAGGUUCACCAUUCUUCCAUGUUUUCACCAUUUGUGGAUAAUGGCUCUCACUGUGGUUCGCUGGCGUCCCAAAGCUUUAGAAAUAUCUUUUAUAACUAUUUCCAGGCUAAUGGAUCUCAAUUGAUCUCAACUACGUUAUUAUUAACGGGUGGCAAUCACUUUUUCACACAGGGCGUUAUCUGUGGCCUUCCAGCCAAUAGCUACUUUUCUUACUGAGGAGUUGUCAACAUUGAUGCCAACCGCCAUAAUAUUGAAGAAGACAUUUGUAGACGGUCUCGCUGCCGGCUUCUCCUCGAGAUCAAUAUGAGUCAGACUGCACAGAAGACGACACGUUGUGAUAAAAACUGGGUUGUAGCUGUUUAUCUGUGUUGCCACGGUUGGAAAGGAAGUUUGAAUAUGUGAAUAUGUUUCUAACUUUACCGCAGUCUCUUUUACGUUAUCUCGCAAAAGAGUUUUGCGAGGGAACGCUAAAGUUCGUUCUUUUUUAAAAAAAAAAAAUUUACACUUUUUUUUUUUUUUUUGUCCAUGUCCCCUCCGGGGCUCCAUAGGAAAAAGAAUGUUACGAGAAUAAAAUCAAAAUAUGGGAAUUAAUAAUUAUGAGAAGAAAAUUUACAAGAACAAAACAAAGGAAAAAUUGAGGAACAGCUGUAAUUUUAGGAGAACAAAGUUCAAAUUUUAAUUUUACAAGAAUAAAGUCAUAUUAUGAGAGAAAAUAAUGCCUUUUUAGUAGCAUAGAGUUGAAAUAUUAAAGAAAAAAUGUGUUGUUUAAAAUUUUAAAUAUUACGAGAAACAAACAAAACUAAAUAAAGUUCAAAUUUUUAGAAAUUUAGGUUUCUAUUUAAUAUUAGUGGUUACAUUAUGACAAUGAUGUCCAAAGUGUGGCCCGAGGGACAUUUGCGGCCUACGGCACGCUCAACAUUAACAAGACACAACAGCAAAGAUGGAAAAAUCCGCAGUAACUUUACAAGAAUAACGUCAAAAUAUUAAAAGAAAAAAGUGGAAGCGGAAAAAGUCAAAAUAUUAUGGGAAUAAAGUCAUAAUUACGAGAAGCAAAUUAACAUGAACAAAGUUUAAAUAGUUGUGAAAGUGUAUUUAAAAAAAAAAAACAGGAAAAAAAAACAGCUCUAAUUUUAGGAGUUAAAAUAUUAAGGGGGAAAAAAUGCAAAAAAAAGUGUCAAUUUUCCGAGAAUAAAAUAAUGUCUUUUUAGUUGCAUAGAGUGGAAAUAUUAAAGAAAAAAUGUGAAAUAUUAAAGAAAAAAAAUGUUAUUUUUUUGUAAAAAGAGAAACAAACAAAAUAAAGUUGUACUUUUUGGAAAAUUAGGUUGGGGAAAAAGUUCUAAUAUUAUGGGUAAAGGGGGUAAAGUCCAGAUACUAUGGGAAUAAAGUCCUAAUAUUACAAGAAGAAAAAUUACAAAGGUUAUUUAAGAAAAAAGUACAAAUAGUUGGACAAGAAGAGCGAAGUUUAGGCUCAUAAUUUAGUCUUUUUUCUUAUAUCUCAAAGCUGAGAUACAGUUUUUUCAUGAACUACAGUAUAUCAUACAAAAUAUCAAAGUGGCAAAGUUGCAUCCUUUCAUUUUUCACUAUGUGUACCUCGCUAGAAAAGGUUUGGACACCCUUCCUUAUGAGGUCGUAUGAAGAGUGGGUAGAAAUGUUGUGUCUGCUGAGUUUCAAAACAAACCAAAAAUGAAUGAAUGAUUUUGAAGACAAUGUAAAAACAAGUUCUGGGAAAUCAAUAACGAAAAAGCCAUGGACUUUGUGCCAGCAGGACAUGUCCAAACAGGAGCACUAUAAAGCUGCGUGCUGUUAAUGUGUCAUCCGACAUAUCCUUAUAUGAUCUCUGACUGUUAUUGCUUUUUUUUUUUUUUUUUUUACCUGACAAUACUUUGUAUGUUACACAAAUACGCUCUCCACCGCAUUGUAAUUAUUUCUCCACUUUUGUUUUUGGGGAAUGGUUACCUCAUGUCAGCUACCCUCUCAGUGGAGGCCAUUAUGUAAUGGCUCUAUUAGCGCAGGAAGAGGGACACUGUGAAGUAGUGACCUGAAACCCAAGUGCACACUAAUUAAUUGUCUUUUCUUAUUCUGCCGCGUUCCCAUCGGCCCUAUCCAUUGGCAAGCAUACAGUACGGCGCCGCCGCCACCUCAGAAAGCUGCCUCCAGAGUCGUCUGCGCUGGUGAUUUUGACACAUACGAUGGCGUUAUUAAUGCGGGUCCAUCUGGCGACGCCGAGGACCGGGCCCUGGGCUGACCAGAUGCAUGUCCAGGUGGCCUGAUAAACAAAGCCUAUCAGAGACGUUGGCGUUUGCUUAGUGGUGGGUUGAGAGCACAGCGCACACAUGACUGGCUCCCCGCGGGCAAAGAUUAGCCAAUGAUGGAGCGCCAGCCGUCGCCCUUCUGGAAAAGACCCCCCUUCUCUUGACAGUGGCCCAGAAUGCUUGCAUGUGUGCAUCAUUGUGCUCGCUUCUCCUCCCAGAAGAAACGCCUUUGCUUUUGCUGCCGUGAACACUUUGUACAACACACACAAGCACGUCCUUUGGGCCCUGAAAUGUUGACGCUAAUGACCAAAAACGCUCCCCUUGUUGCGUCGUACUGACCCGUAAAUACCCCCCCUCACCUCGCAAGACUGAUUAGAGCAAAGCAGGACGAGUGGACUCAUUUUGAACACAUUUGAAUAUUCACACAAGGAUCUUUAAUGGAGUUUGGAACAAGAACAUGUCACAAAUUCACUGUGACUAACGUGUGAGUAAUCCAACACUGCUGUCAAUCAUUACUCACCGCUUCAAAGCGCUGUCCCGUGACGCCUGUCCUCCGGCGAAAAGAACAGCGCCGAGUCGCGUACCCGGGCGGGCCUGUUGCUUGUCACCGAGGUCACGGCCAAUGACCCGGUCACCCCACUUUCAUGUGCUCCUGCUCAGGGACAACAAACAAGCCAGCCCACGCCAAGGGACCCCAGCGGGCCUUUUACAGGUGCAAACAUCCGGACUGCUACGCUUUACAAUACAGUGGAGCGUUGCAGAAGCUCCAACUCUAACCAAAACGUACGCAAAUGGAAGAAAUCAUGUAAAUACAAUUCAUCCAUUCCAGAAAGUCAUACAUUUUAAUACAAAACACAUUUUUAUAAUAGUUUUACAUGCAGAAAAGCGCUGCCCCGCAUUGAGAGGAGCCAGAUGAGGUGUCUCGGGCAUCUGGUAAGGACGCCUCCCUGGGGAGGUGUUCAGAGCACAUCUGACUGGUAGGCGGCCUUGGGGAAGACCCAGGACACGGAGAGAGUAUAGCCUCAUUUACAAUUUCACGCACUUUGUCCCUGCAGUGGUACGCAAUUCGGCGUGCCAAGUAAAGAGUAAAUUGGUGUGAAGUAUGUGUAAACUGUGCGGGCUGUGUGUAUCAAAGCUUGCACCAUUCACAUGAAUGGCUUAUUCGGGGGGAAUUCUCAGGUAAUUUCUACAUUGUCUUGGGUCCUCCUUGUGAAUUUUUGUUAAUAACUCAUCAUAAGCAAUUCCCUCUCCCACACUGUCGGUGUCUUUUCUUUUUUUCUAGUUUAUUGCCUCCUUCCUGGUCUUUGCACAUUCUCUACCUGCAAGAAAAUACUGUAUAGACUGACCUUACUUUAUUGCAUGAGCUUCUUUCUCUGGAGUUCAACAUCUUUAAAGUUCCUUGCAAAUUGUGGAAUUAAUGAAGCUAAUGCCUACUGUUGCGUGGUGUCAUGCGGGAUGCAGUGGGACCACGACUGCUUCACGGAUGCAGGAAGUGGUGGUAACAAUGCGUGUCGUGCGUACUAUUGUAAUGCACUAGAGAUAAACACUACUUCACAAGGUGUAAAGUCGUGCGAGUGAGCCAUUUCAUGAGUCAUUUCAUGCCAAUGCACAAGUGCAUAAUUUAUGCAUAAACAGAAAACAAACAGAGCGCAAACUAGUCCUCACACUUCAGGCGUGCCUUAAAGAAAUAAAUAAAUGAGUUGUUAAUAGCAAUGUUUUACGAACCGGCGCUAGUUGGAGACCGCGGGGGUUGUUUGCUUUUGUAAACUAUCAGAGACUCUGCGGAGAAAGAUGUCAAAUGUGCAUUUUUGUUUUUAUGUUAUUAUGUUGCCUGGUUUGAACCAUUUUUUUCAUAUAUCAGCGUUUGCAUGCAAUUUCUGACGGAAUGUCAGUUUCCUUUGCUGUCCUCUGCUGGUUCAUAUUGUGUAGUACCAUCCAGCUUUACCUAUUACUUUGACAGAGAGAAGAGUUCAUUCACUCAUUUGCCAAUUUGGAGUGUUUUGCUUGUUUCUUAGGAAAUGAACUGAACUAUUGCGUCUUCAUACAGCCUGUGUGUGUGCGCGCGCGCGCGCGUGCGUGCGUGCUGGGGGUGGUGCAUGGUUGCACAGAAACAGCACAGCGACGGCAAGAAGAGCGUUCCAGUUACUGAGUAACUCCGAGCAGGAGUCUUGUACUCGCCUUUGCCCUAAUGGCCUUUCACCUUUGCGAACCACGUGAAGCAGGCCUGCAUGCUGACUCCACACACACAUACACACACACGCACACACUACACCACCAACGCUGGAGCAUUUAGUGGAAUUUCCCCCGAUAGCGGAGGAGCAUCAUGUGAAAGAUGGAAAGUAGGUUUUAUUGUCCCGUUGUCACACAAUGACUCAACGCUUACUUCACCCUGUCACCAUUUCUGUCGUUUAUGUUCGGUCCGACACUUUAGAGACCAGAAUGUGUCUUGUUUUUUUCUCCCACGUUUGCUCAUUAAGAUUUGCGUUGCACCUUUUUUUUGUAAUUAUUAAAAUCUCUCAACUACUUAAACAUCAAAA